AUGGCACCCCACUCCAUGCCUCUCUCUGCCACAUUGGCCGCCCGCGUUCCUACCUUGACUCCCUCCUCAUCCUCGUUUUCCUUCUCCUCGGACCCUACCCCCGCUGCUGCCGCCUUCGCCGCCAGCAAUUGGAAGUGGGCUGCUAGCUCUCUCACCCAUCGCCGCCAGAUGGUCAACCCCGUCGGCCCCUGGGCCAACGAGGAAGAAGACUUCCACGCCUUCCUCAGAAACGGCCCUCAGAUCUUCGACGCCAGAAACACCAUAUUCGUCGUCCCCACCCCCACCACAGAGUCUCCGGUUCCUGAGUCUGCCAUCUCCACCGCGGAGACUCACAGCGCUGUGGACCUUGAGAGCGCGAGCACUGGGCUGGCCAUCGAGGACCCCGAGGCCUCGGCCAUUGCCACGACCGUAUCCACCGCCACUACUCUUCAGACUGUGGUCGUCGCUUCAAAGAUUGCUGAGCCGACGGCCACCGAGGCUCGCCCAGCGUCCGCCGUCGGCAAGAGCCGCGAGACCGGCCUGCCUCGUGGAUCUCUCAUGGGCCACUACUCCGCCUGGUGA